CCUCCGCAUAACUGGAAUUGCAAGUUUUUUUUUUGUUUGACUGGACACAGGAAGCAGCACAAUAUGAUAAAUAUGGGGUAAUUUUCGUGGAUUUUGGAACGGGUUCCUUGGUUCGCUAUUGCUACAUUGUUUCUUUUCAUUCAGAAACAACUCAUAAACAGUUCACAAAGUAGGUUAUGAUGUGUUUCACGGGCUGCCUAUCAAAAUACACAAAUAGGAGUGAAUAAAUGAGGUUAUAUUUUCAAAUGUGGUGUUUAUUGGUUUUUGAAUGAAGUACAGAUUGAAGUUUAGUACUCGCAAAAAGUUCAAAUCUCAUUAGAAAAUGGCUGAGGAAUACAAAUCACUUCACCCUCAAAAAUUCUACAACCAUUAUUUGAAAAACGGCAUCAGGCCAGAUGGCAGAACCUUUGAUAAAACCAGAUCUAUUAUGCUCAAUGUUAAGUCGAUUCCCAAUGCUGAUGGUUCUGCAAUUUGUAAAAUUGGUCAAACAACUAUAAUAUGCGGUGUCAAAGCUGAACUAUGUAAGCCUAAACCUGAAGCACCAUCUGAAGGUUUUAUAAUUCCCAAUGUAGAUUUACCACCAUUGUGUUCAGCAAGAUUCCGACCAGGGCCACCAAGUGAUCAAGCUCAAGUAUUUUCUCAAUUUAUAGGAGAUAUUAUACAAAAUUCUGGAUGUAUUAAUUUAAAAAGUUUAUGUUUGCACCCUGACAAAUUAGCUUGGUGCUUAUAUGCAGAUUUAAUAUGUUUAGAUUAUGAUGGGUCAAUAAUUGAUGCAUGUGUCAUUGCCCUAAUGAGUGCACUAAGAACAAUGACUUUGCCAACAAUAGAUUAUGAUCCAGCUUUGGAAAAUGUGCAAACUAAUUUGGAGGACAGAAGACCUCUAAUGACUGAUGGUUCACCAGUCUCCACCACAUUUGUUGUAUUUGAUGAUCAAUAUAUUUUAACUGAUCCAACUGCUGAAGAGGAAGAUCUGAGCAGUGGAACAGUUACCGUGGUUAUAAAUAAAGGAGAAUUAUGCUAUGUGCAUAAACCUGGAGGAACACCAUUAGAACAAUCUAUAUUAGCAGAUUGUAUUAGUAAGGCUAAAGCUAGGACUUAUUUUAUACAGGAUUUAAUUUUUUCUGUAAUUAAUUCUUCAAAUAACUAAAACACUUUAUAAUAGCUUAAUUUGUUCAACAUUUUAAAAAUUUAUUUAUUGUAUCAUUAUAGUAUAUCAAUAAUAAAUUUUGUGUUCGUUCGAGAA